GCCGGUGUUUUCAUUUAUUUACGCCCCUCCUGUCGUACACGGUGGUUUCCAUGCUUCAGAGAGAACAGGCUUUGAGUGAAGGAACACCAUGACUUUGACCAGAGGAUCUUUUACUUAUGCCAGUGGAGAGGAGUACCACGGCGAGUGGAAAGAAGGUCGGCGACAUGGCCUAGGCCAGCUCAAGUUUCAGGAUGGAACAUGCUACUCUGGCCAGUUUGAGAAUGGACUCUUUCAUGGUUCUGGUGUGCUGCUUUUUACAGACGGAUCCAGGUACGAAGGAGAAUUUGCUCACGGAAAGUUUCAAGGUUCAGGAGUCUUUAGUCGAUUCGAUGGCAUGAAGUUCGAAGGAGAAUUCAAAGAUGGCCGUGUUGAGGGAUAUGGGCUAUUGACGUUCUCUGAUGGAACUCAUGGUGCUCCACGGAAUGAGGGCUUGUUCCAAAACCACAAGCUGCAGAAAAGGGAGAAGUGUCCUGGAGUGGUGCAGCGUGCUCAGGCCUCAGCCUCCAGCGCUCACAGCCUGGCGCUAUGACUGCCUUAGACCAUAAAGGUGUUAGGACUAAACUUUCAGCACCUUCCAGAUGGGCCUUAAGGGUGAACACUCUCUUUCACAAACUCUCUUUGUCUAUUUUUUUUUAACCAUUUCUUUGUUUGCUUGUCCACACUUAAAGUGACUUAAGGGAAAUGCAUUUGAACAUUUUUGGAUGACUUUCUAUGAAAUGAAGAACUUCAUGAAGCACACCUUUAACUUGAUAAGUAACGUAAGCAGGGAAAGCUGCUGUCUCUCAUAUUGACAUCGGACCAUGAAACGUGUCUGUUUCUUUCUAUAGCUGAUGGUUUUGCUGCUGAUUAUAGAAAUUACUUUUUAAAAAUACUGUUUUUAUUAGAAUAGUUUAAAAAAAAAAAGUCAUGGCUGCAUGUUAAAGAAAGAAUGUACAUAUUUAACUAUUCACAUUUGCCUUAAAGAUAUUUUCACACAAUCACAUGCUUGGGGGGUGUUCAUAAAAUAAUCAGAUGAUGAACAACACCCUAUCCUCACAUUCUCACUGCAUGACUUGCCUUGAGGUAUCUGUCAGUUUAAGGAGUUGAAAGCCUGAUUAAGGAUGGCGUUAGCUCCGUCAUUUGCAAGUCUUCUUCUUGAUGAUGAUUAUUAUUAUUGGGAAAGAUCACCAUAACACAACAUUUGUACAUGUUAGAAUCAUUCAGUGCUGGUCAGAGGUUUACAUGCGGUCAUCAUCAGCAUGAAUUCAGGGUCGUAUGAUCGUCCAACAGACAAUUUUAAUGAAUUUGAUCAACCAGAGUUGGAUGCACCCUUUUUAAUUUAUUGUAGUGGGUUUUCUCUGCUGAAAACAGAGUAAAGACAACACACACAGGCUCAAGCAUAUAUUUAUUUACCCCAUUAAUAUUUGCUGAGCUGUAACUUAAUUUGUUACAACUGUUAGUACAAUUCUGGCUGGAUGUUUGACUCCUCCUAUCAAACAUGGUAGAGUUUGUUUAAAUCCUGUGGUUUUCUGGCAACGACUCAUGAAAUGUUUAACCUGGUUUAUUAGUUUCCAAAGCCAGUUUUGAUAUUUUGUUUUUAUUUGGAAUUAAAACAAAAUGCAUAAAGCAGGUGAACUUUUAGCUUCUGAAUCAGUCCCUAUCUCGUAAUGACAAUUUGUAAGCUUCUCUGCAACUAAUUAAAGGACUAUUUUUGAAAUAUUAGUGGGAUUAUAAUACUUCUAAUCCUGUAGAGAAAAUUCACAUUAAAAUUCAAACUUGCCCAACAAGUUCUUGUUUUAAAAUUCAUUGUCGUGGUUUGUUGUAUCAUUGUAUUGUUGCAACUAGGUCUGUCACAAUAACAAAUUUUGCUAGAUGAUAAAUUGUCCCAGACGUUAUUGCGAUGAACAAUAUUAUUGUUCUGAGACCAUUUACAAGAGAUAUAGUGAAAAUACCAUAAAAAUGCAACAGCACAUUCUCAAAGAUCAACAAACUUAAAAUGUUGAUAAACCCUGGAAUUCAAAAACAUUUAAAACAUCGAAAAGAAAUAAACAACAAAUGAAAUAAUUUAUGAUGUCUCUAUAAAAAUGGGGCCUAUUUGAGAACGAUUCACCAGGCUGAAGAUUUUUGUCAUCGAGUGUUUGGUAGAGAGAGGGAGAGAAAAGAAAAAAACAAUAAAUCAUGCAAAUGGAAAUUAUUGAGUUAGUUUUAAUUUAUCUUGUGAUUAAUUGAUUUAUUGCUUAUUGCGACAGGCCUAGUUGCAACAUGGAAAAAGAGCGGCCCUACUCCGUCAAUAAAAGCCCAACAUUUAAUCUGAUGUACAUUCUGAUGGUGACUGAAUGUAAAUUUCUCACCAGCACCUUGUGUUGAAUCUGUGGACCUAAAUAAUUUAGGCAGCUAAAUGAAAAAUAAAUUAUAAUAAUAAUGUACUUGUUUAUUAAUGUGUGUAAGGUGUAUAAAUAUUAAUUGUAUCUGACUGUAUCAGUUUUAAUUUUAAGCAGUCUGGACUAGUGGAAAAUUGUGCUUUUAUCAUGUUUGAUAUUUUGACACAUAAUUUAUUACAGCUGAUCACAGCUAUUCUGUGUUCUGUAUACUUGAAUGUUUAACAGGCCUUACGACACAUCAGUAGACAUUAUUUAUUCUAGUGUCGCCUAAAAAACUUCAACCAAAGACAAUCAUGUCAUAUGAGAAGUAUGAAGAACUGAAAUGGUCAGUAGUGCAAACAAACAGACUUUAGAGUUGGAUAGUAAAGACAAAUCAAUGGGGAGAAUUUCAACUGGAAUUUAAGUACAUUUGAACAAAAAAUGACUAAACAAAGAAACAUUUGGUUUAUUUCUGAAGUCAGAUUAGAAAGUUUUACAUUUCCACUGCUACAUUCUAUGAAAAAAGAAUAAAUCAAGAGUCAAGCCCCAUAACUUGGUUUAAUGUGUUAUGACAACUUUUAAGACUGAAAAAGAGACUAAAAGCAGAUAAUCUGACCUAUUUUGGUAUCAGUAACACUAUUUUGGUGCACAUUUAAAAGUAUUUGUUCUCUCACCAACUGAUCUCACAAGAGUCAUGCUUCCAUUUCCACCUGGAAACAAAUGGUGCUUUACAAAUGUGCCUGUCCACAAUUUGAUUUGCCUUGUAAAAAAAAACAUCUUGUUGCCAUGGUGUUAUCUUUUUGAGGAUUGUUAACCAUGUGGUCUUUAAAUAAAGCAUCCGCCGUUUUCCUGGAAUUCGUCUGAUUAUGUAUCAUGGAGGCGUAUUUAAUAAAGGGUGUAUUGUAAAAAG